AUGCGCUUUGCGGACAUCCCGUGGCCCGUUCUACCUCCUGAACUCUCCGGACGACUCCGAGGCUGGGAAGAAGGACGGAAGGACAAGCUUCGGGAAACGAUGCUGCGCUUUCACCCGGACAAAUUCGAGGGCCGGAUAUUGAAGCUUGUCGCGGAAGAUGAGCGGGAGACUGUUAUGGAGGCGGUGGGCAUCGUCGUGCGCGUGGUCAGCGGGCUGAUGGGUGACGGGAAGUAG